AUGUAUUUCAAUCUACCUUCUGGGCUUCACUCUGUCGUAUAUAGUGCAUACACCCUGAGUACCCUUACUCAAGCAUAUGCUGCUGUUCUUAAGCCCAACGAGUAUCUUGAUCUGCUGUCAAACCCAGAUUCGAAUGAUUCUUGGAACCUCAGUUCAGAUGACCUGACAAGUUUAGCUUGGAAUCUCAAGCAGAAUGACACAAAUGGCAACUCUUUGCUGGGGUCCUUGGAUGCAUCUCAUUUUGACAAAUAUUUGCCAGAUCGGCGACGGCAAGUGAUUGCACCUUGGGGUGAUAGGAGGACUACGAAUGCUGAUCCGAACGAUGUGCCAGCCACAGGCAUCGUCCGAUCCUACAACUUUACCAUAGCCAGAUCAACGCUUGCUCCUGACGGUGUGCAACGUCCUGUUAUGCUCAUCAAUGGCCAAUUCCCUGGCCCUACGAUCGAAGCAAAUUGGGGCGAUACAAUUCAGGUCACUGUUAACAACAACCUUGACAAUGAAGGUACGUCGCUUCACUGGCACGGCCUGCUACAGUCGAACACGAAUGAUCAGGACGGUGUGCCGGGCGUAACUCAAUGUCCGAUUGCACCGGGUCAGAGUUACACCUACAGCUUCAGAGCAAGUUCAUAUGGCACGACCUGGUAUCAUGCACAUUAUUCUGCUCAAUAUACUGCUGGCCUCUAUGGCGCCAUGGUAAUCCAUGGACCAACCGACAAUGCGCCUUAUGAUAUCGAUUUGGGGCCAGUACUGCUUGCAGACUAUUAUUAUCAGGAUUAUUAUAGUACUGUCAAGGACGUGAUGGGCACCGAUCUAAGCAAAAUCUCGCCAUUAUCCGACAACAACCUCAUCAAUGGCAAGGGCAUCGCGAAUUGUGCUUCAUCUGGUGGAAGCUGUACGCCCAACGCCGGUCUCGCAGAGUUUCAGUUCCAAACUGGUAAGACUCAUCGACUACGACUCAUAAAUGCAGGGGCAGAGGCCACACAAAAGUUCAGCAUUGACAACCAUGUAUUAACUGUAAUGGCUGUCGACUUCACUCCUAUCGUUCCCUAUCAGGCGACCGUACUCACCUUAGCAGUGGGUCAGCGAAUGGAUGUCCUUGUCACGGCGGCUGGAAGUCCCGCCGACUCCGUAUAUAUGCGCAGCACUAUCUCUUCCUGCAGCAGGUACAAGCAGCCAAAUGCGCUGGCCCUAAUGUAUUACCCAGAAGCGGACAAAAACGUUUCUCCAAGCUCGCAACCACAGACAGAUGAUACAGAUCCUUGUGCCGAGGCCGAUAUUGCUUCUAUCGUGCCUUCUUACAGUAUUUCGCCAACCAACCAGCCAGAGCGGGUGUAUGAAAUCGACAUCACUGUGAACCGCAACGCUACAGGCAACAUCCUCUGGGCAAUAAAUAACAGCACUUUCCGAGCUGACUACAACAACCCAACAUUACAGCUGCUCCGAAGUGGAGCGUCACUAAACUCGUUACCCUCAGACUCGAAUCUUGUCGACUUCGGAGCAUCGAAAUCAGUACAGCUCCUCAUCAACAACUUUUCUCCCGUCGCACACCCGAUGCACCUACACGGCUACGACAUGUUUGUUCUUGCCGCGGGUGGUACUGGACCGGCCUCGACUGCCACAAAGGUGGUCUGGGAUGGUUCUGUCACCAACCCGCAGAAUCCUCUACGGAGGGAUACAUUCCUGCUACAACCGAACGGGUUCAUGGUCGUUCAGAUCAACUCACUAAAUCCUGGUGUCUGGCCACUACACUGCCAUAUCGCUUGGCAUGUUUCUGGAGGGCUCUAUCUUAACUUGUUGACGCAAUCACAAGAUAUUGCUGACACAGGUAGAGGCUCAGAUCUGACUGAAGGGCUUUGCGGGAGCUGGAACGCGUUCACUGGCUCGUUGGCGCCUGAUCAGAUCGAUUCGGGUCUGUGA